UUGCAUGGUUACUUCGAACACAAUAGUUAGAGCUGUCACUACUACAGAUUGUGCAUUUCAGUUUUUAACUCAAGAGUUUCACUGCAGAUUGUGCAUUUCACUUUGAAUCACGACGAGCCUGAGUUUCUUACUGAAAAUGAUGGUGAGGGAGGCGAAUCACACCAUAAUUGGUUUAAUGAGAUUGUUAGAAGCAAAAACAGUGCAGUUGUAGUUGAUGAACCUAGCUCCGCAGCCCACAUCAGAGGUCCACCAGUAAAGAAAGAGCUUUCUCUUUUGACUAGGGAGGUGGUGAUUGAGCAACCAAGAGUAUGGGCUCAAAUUUGUGUUCGAAGAAUGUUAGAUCAAGUGAACUCUUAUGUCCUAAGGAUGGGGGAGAUAAUAGACAAGAGUAUUCAGGAGCUUCAGAACCAGUUAGCAGCAAGGCAGUCAGUUGGUGGGGAAUUCAACAGUUGUGGGAAACCUCGAGCUUGAAGAUUGUAGAGCCUCCAUGUCCAUCAUAGUCCUGGUUAUAUUGUCAAACUGAUGAUAGUUCUGAAUUGAGCGAGAGAUAAGUGUACAGAUGUUCCUCUUCUUCAGCUGUAGGUUAAUUCAAGGGGAUCAGUAGAGAGGCUAUGUCUAGUUUGUAGAGAAGGCACGUUGGUGGCCAUAUAUGUAGGUCUGGUCAUAAAAACUACUUGUGAACAAAAAGUUAGGAUACACUGACAUCCUAAAUUUUUUGCCUUUUGAGACUUGGGAGGCAUACAUCCCAAGUACGAUAGGAAUACUUAGUUGCAAAAUGUGUACAGAGGGUAUUAUGCAUAUAAGACAAC